UUUUAUGAAUGUUGAAUCCGUGAACCCUAGAACUAGAAUCACCGUUUUGCGCGUCUCUGUUCUCUUCUUUCUUCUAAGGUCGACCUGCCUCCGACCUCCCUUUUCGGUGUUGUUGUUCAUCCCACCCUCACCGAGUUGCCAUAGUUUUGUUGCCCUCCUACGAGAUCCUUUCAGUGCAGCCGUUCCUUUCGGACCUUCCCCAAGUUGUUGCGUUGUUGCUGCCACUCCUUUUUCCACUUGAAGCUGUUGCAUUCCUGCUGCUCUGUUUGCUGCACAGUGUUCUGUUUGCUGCGUCUGUCCAGGUUGCUGUGCGGUUAACCGCGGUGCGAUUAUGGUUGCCUAUUUUGAACACCUCCAUGGAUGCAGUGCGGUGGUGGUGUGCGGUUUUUGUUCGCAGUGCAGUUAUGGUUUUCCUAGUAACUGCACCAUACCGUUGCCAUCCCUAUCGUGGAAUGGCGCAUGAGGCUCUACCUGGAAUUCCUAUCCGGGCCUUGACCACUCCAUUUUUCUCAUGUGAUGUGGUCAAAAUUCUAUUGCAUAGUGCAUACUUAUGCAUUAUCGGAUUGUCGUAGGCACAAUACCGUGAAUGUAGUUUCUUUUCACGAUUGAUCUUUAAUUAGUCAAAGAUCAUUUGAUUUUGAGGGUGGUAAAAAAUUAGGAAAAAGUACAAAAAUCCUAUUGUGAUUUGAGUUUAUGAUAAAUUGGAUACUAUGAUUUUUCAAGGGACAACUAACACCGUGCUGUUUGCUUCAUGAGAGAUAAAGGAUCUCGCCGUUAGUUUUUCGGGGUCGCUGGCAUCAUUUGCGAGUGCAAGCGACCUCGGUGGUCGGCGAACCCAGCCCCUUCCCUUUUUUUUCUUUUUUUUUUCGAAAUUUAUGAUCAAAUUAAAAAAAAAAAGUUAAAGGUUUGAGGGUACUCAUGACAAAAGGAAAAGUUUGAAGAUCAAAAGUGACGGAGAAAAUAGCGGUGAGUUUCAUUAUGUCUCAUGAAGCAAACCAUAAGGUGUUAGUUAUCUCUCGAAAAAUCAGAUGAUCUAAUUUGUCUCAAACUCAAAGUUUUUGUACUUUUGCCAAAAAAAUUACAACAGCCCAUGACCGCAGAGUCUAAUGUUCUGGCCCAGGCCCGUCACUUUUGGGCCUCAUCGGGCUAACCUGUUUCACAAAUCUGAGCGACCCAUCAGUUUGCAUCAACGCAUCGCCCGUCUCAAACCAUCAGAACCUCGACAGAGCCCCCUUUAUAUAAUGCCCUCGCAUACCUAUAGCCAUCGAUGUACAUUAUGACGAUAUUUGGUCCACUUCUACCAGUAGUUAUUCUGUUCGAGUCAACAGAAUCGAGUCAGGGCACACAAUCGCGGCCGGGGACAUAUAUAAGGUUAGGUACCAUAAGCCUAUCAAUGUAAUCCUAGUCAUCCAUCUCACUUUGGUGUUGUUCACAACGUCAAUCAUUGACAUCUGGAAACAAUGCUAUCUCUUCCAUCAAUGGCCUCGGUGGGCAGAUCAAUGAAGUAAAUGUCAGCUUUAAGUUCACUGGACAGCCAUGCUGUCUGUCUGUUACUGUACAGUCUGAGAAAUACAUCAUUUCAUAGGCCCAUUCCUCAUCUUCAACAUCUCAAUCCCAUAUUUCAAUGUCAUGUCUGCUCAAGAAUAUGUAUCGAAUCUCAGAGACAUUCUCGAGCUCUGAGCUCAUCCGGGUCCUUUACCUGGUCCUCCUCUUCUUCCAGACCUGCUUCUCAAUCUCAUCAGUGCUGCAAGAUCAAGAAAGGGACAGGAUCAGUGAACUUCCUGGGCAGCCAGUGAACGUUGGGUUUGAUCAGUACUCGGGCUAUGUAACAGUGAACCAGACAGCUGGGAGGGCCCUGUUCUACUGGUUAGUGGGGGCACCGAAUACCCUCGGACACAAGUCGAGGCCGCUGGUGCUGUGGCUCAAUGGCGGGCCCGGUUGCUCCUCCGUCGCCUACGGUGCAGCUGAAGAGAUUGGACCUUUCCGUAUUCAGCCCGACGGGAGGACCCUGGACCUGAAUCCUUAUGCCUGGAACAAAUUAGCAAAUUUAUUGUUUCUCGACUCGCCGGCUGGUGUUGGUUUCUCGUACUCGAACACGACCUCAGAUUUGUACACUGCAGGUGACCAGAGGACAGGUAAGUCAUCUAUUCAUGUGUUUCUCGUCAACUGGUUCAAAAGAUUUCCGCAAUACAAGCACAGAGACUUCUACAUUGCCGGCGAAAGUUAUGCAGGUCACUAUGUUCCCCAGUUGUCUCAGAUUAUCUAUGAAAGGAAUAAAGGGAUCGAGAACCCAUCAAUCAACUUCAAAGGUUUCUUGGUGGGAAAUGCAGUUACUGAUGAUUAUCAUGAUUAUGUCGGCACCUUCGAGUAUUGGUGGACCCACGGUUUGAUAUCCGACACAACCUAUGAAACCCUACAAGCUGUAUGUGACUAUGGAUCCUCUGAGCAUCCUUCCGAGGAGUGCGAGGACGCUAUGGAUGUCGCCGAUGCAGAACUCGGUAAUAUUGAUCCCUACAGCAUUUUCACUCCAGUUUGCAACGGUUCUGUGUCUCAGAGACGCCACACAAAAAGUCGCUAUCCAUGGAUGAUGCAUAGAGCGUAUGAUCCUUGCACCGAGAGGUACUCUACGGUCUACUUUAACAUCCCGGAAGUUCAGAACGCCCUUCAUGCUAAUGUGACCGGGAUUCCAUAUCCAUGGGAAACUUGCAGUGAUACCGUUGGAGACCACUGGGGAGAUUCUCCACUGUCGAUGCUUCCUAUCUAUCGACAACUCAUUGCUGCUGGUCUUAGAAUAUGGGUAUUCAGUGGGGACACUGAUUCGGUGGUUCCCGUGACUGCAACUCGAUACUCCAUUGAUGCGUUGAAUCUUUCUACUGUUGUGAACUGGUACCCUUGGUAUGAGAAUGUAAAGGUGGGCGGAUGGAGCCAAGUGUACGAGGGGCUGACACUGGUGACAGUCACAGGAGCAGGGCACGAGGUCCCGCUCCAUCGCCCUCGGCAAGCAUUUAUUCUUUUCAGAUCGUUCUUGGAGGGUACACCCAUGCCCAGCAAAAAGCAAGUAAUGUAGUUCACUUUGGAUGCAAUACUACUAUGCGAAAGAUUUCCGGAAAAAAACAGAACCAAAUGAAGCAUUAUUUGCGGUCGUUUUUCCCACCAUUGCUAAACAUUUGAAGACAGAUAUAUUCUUCGAAUUUCACUCCCCCCUUUUCUGUUU